AUGCAGGACUGGUGCUGCCAUCUGCAAGCCAGAGCUUUGUGGCUGGGCGUUGAGCCAAUAAGAGCACUCAAAGAGGCACAUCUUCCCCUGCAGGAAGCAGGGCGGUCACUCCUCUUUUGCUCCUCUUCUGAAGUGGUGGAGAUGGCAAUGAACUUCGCCUGCAGCUUCGCCGCACUUUGCUGUUUAGCACUCUGGAGCUUCACCAGAACUUCAAGUGGUAUAUAUGUACCACCACCUCAUUCGACCAUGAAGCCUGGCUUCCCUGUCCCAAUGAACGUAGACAACCCUGGUGUUCGCAAAGCAGCUCGCUUUGGGGUUUACAGAUACAACAACAGUUCCAAUGACCUCUUUCUGUUUAAGGAAUCACAAAUAAACAAAGCCAUGGUACAGAUUGUCAGAGGGCUGAAAUACAUGCUCCACAUGGAAAUUGGACGCACAGUGUGUGAGAAGAGGGAGCACUCCAGCCUGGACAGCUGUCACUUCCAGAGGAAAAAAAAACUGCAAAAGAUGCUGAGAUGUUAUUUUGAGGUCUGGAUAAUGCCUUGGUUACGUAAAGCAUAUGUCCCCAUUGCUCUCUGUCACUGAGUCAUGUUUCCCUAUGAGAGCCUGACUUCCAGCGGAUCUGCCACCAUGAGUUUUUCCUUGCCUGGACUGUUGAGGCCAAAACUGAAGUGGGGAACAGCCAUACAGAAUUGCCACAGAGCUUUUCUCUCAAAGCACGUGGUUACUUUUCUCCCUGAGAAAGAUGCUCAAGAGUGACAAAAACCUGACUUGACUGAAUUUAUUGCUAUCCAGCUGUGUAUCUGUUUUUCC